UCCGCACUCAUUAUGGAAAACCUCUUUGAAAAUCCAAAUCAAACAAGGAUCCAUAUAGAGCUAUAUAAAUGUUAGAUUUUGUUGUAGGUUCCCCGCAUACCAUCCCCAUGGCAAUCAACCAGGAGAUGCCGGAAGACGUGUUGAUGCUUAUUCUAUCUCGACUCCCAGUGAAAUCACUCCUCCGAUUCAAAUCUAUCUCCAAAUACUGGUACGCUCUCAUCCAAAAUCCUAGCUUCAUCUCCCUCCGCUACUACGCCCGCGCCCAAUCCAAAAACGACUCCCUCCUUGUCAACCGAUCCCUUGCACCCCAUUCCGAAUCCACCCUCUCCUUGGUCUCCGACGAAACUCCAAUCCACGAUCUGUACGUACCUUUUUCCGGUUCACAAGUUAAAGGUCUUUGCUUCGUCGGGUCUUCCAACGGCAUCGUUUGUCUCACCAGUUGCUCCUCCGAAAUCAUGUUAUGGAACCCCGCAACGGGAGAAUUCAGGGUACUCCCGGGACGCCCUUAUCAUCCGUGGCACACUACCAAUCUAGGGUUUGCUUUUGAUCCCAAAACCAAUGAUUAUAAAGUGCUUAGCGUUGCGAGGUUUAUUAAUACGAGCGCUGAUGAUAGAGUUCACAUCUACCAUAUGAGUAUGGACUCGUGGAGAGAAAUCGACGUCGCUGCGGUGCCCAAAGAAAUCCGACGCAGCCAUCAGCCUUAUCAUCCGACAUGGUUGGAUGGGGCGUUUUAUUGGAUAGCUCCUGACUCUAGCGGUCGUUAUAAAAUUAUUGCUUUCCACAUGUUCGACGAAGUGUUCGAACAAGUAUUUUUACCCAUGGAUGUUAUCUGCAGUAAGUUAGCGUCCAGCCUUAACGUUCUGAGGGACUCCCUCGCCCUUGUUACUUUGGAGUUUGACGAGUUGGCAAUAGAGGAGCCAUGCCUUGGCAUAUGGUUAAGGGAUGGAAACGGAGUUAAAGAUCCUUGGAAUAAAAAGUACAGUAUUGGACCCAUUUUAGUACAUAUUAAGGCAUUUCAAAUUUUGCAAAAUGGCGAGUUUCUUCUUCUUCUUCUAGGGGGCCACAAUUGCUGGAUGGUGUCGUACAACCUUGAUACCCAAAUUAUAAAAGACUAUGGUGAAGUCUACACCGAUUCCGGAUCAGCUUAUGAUCAGUUUUGUGAGUUUCAAGCUAUUUCGUACACAGAGAACUUAGUUUCAGUCAAGAGACGUGUUUAUGAUUUGCGCAAAGCAACUACUAGCUCCUGAUAUUUAGUCCUUUUA